UUUGACGUUCAAAAGGAUCGUGUAGAGGCGAGCUCUAAUGAUACUGUCAGACGACGGCCACAGCCGGGAGACACCGUGUAUUCCCUCCUUAUCCUCCCGUCUAUCACCUUCUCACCUAUCUGAACGUCUUCAGACGAUGCCAGUGGUAAACCUGGACACCAAGCCCGGCUCCAUCGCCUGUGGCGGGUGCGGUGAGAAGAUCCAGGACCGGUUCUUCCUCCACGCGGUGGACAGGCAGUGGCACUCCGCCUGCCUCAAGUGCUGUGAGUGUGACGUGCGGCUGGACUGCGAACUGACGUGUUUCUCUAAAGACGGGAGGAUCUACUGUAGGGAGGACUACUACAGACGGUUCGCAGUACAGCGGUGUGGGCGGUGCCACCUGGGUAUCACGGCACGUGAGAUGGUGAUGCGGGCGCGAGACUCCGUCUAUCACCUGGCCUGUUUCACCUGUGUCACCUGCGACAAGGCGCUCACUACGGGGGACGAGUUCGGUAUGCAGGGCAGUGCCAUCUACUGCAGAUAUCACUACGAGACGUUUAUGCGGUCUGAAGGGAGGUACGGGGCAGCCAUGGGGUCCAAACCCCUGCCGCACUCCCCAUACUACCACAGCCCGGGCGGCGUGUCAUACCGGGGCAGGCCCAGGAAAAGGGGGGACUCCGACUCUUACUGCAGUGUUCCAGGAUCUAGUGAUAACGAGAAUGACCUUGACCUUAACGGCCAUGGCGGAGCCACCAAGACGAAGAGAAUUCGAACAUCGUUCAAGCAUCACCAACUCCGCACCCUGAAGUCUUACUUCGCCAUCAACCACAACCCGGACUCUAAGGACCUGCAACAACUGGCUCAAAAGACUGGGCUGACCAAGAGAGUCCUACAGGUUUGGUUCCAGAAUGCCCGUGCCAAACACCGGCGAAACGCCCUGCGCCUGACGGACGACGGUAGAGACGGCGGGUCAGGUGUGAGCAUGGACGUGGCGGUGUCGGCCUCGCCUACAUCCCUGUCCGGGCCCAUCAGUACCUCCAGCUCCCCCACACUCCCGGACCUCUCCCCGAGAACUACUGACGCCUUCACCGCCUUAACCAACUCCCCCGGGCCCAACGUAGAGUCCGCUUCGACUUGUGGAGCCUGCUGGUAGAGGCUAAUAGCUUCAUACGGACCUCAUCCGGACUUGUCUUGAGUAUGAACCCGGUGCACGUGUGAACUUGGCUUGAAAGCGGGUAUCUCAAAGGCUGGACUGCGCCAAGAUAUGCGCAAGGAAAUUGCGACAACUUUGCGAAUUUGCGCCACUUAUCACACAGAUUGCGUAUUCCACGCCCAGAAUGUUAAGGUGGGGUCAUAUAUGCAUAUAUAUUCAAGUCCGUUUGAGGUGCGUGUGACGCUCUUAGUCUCUACCAGGCUCCGCAGGUCGCGGGAAAAAUAGUACAAAUUAGACAAAUAUAGAUACAUAACAUGCCAGAUGAGUUAGCUGACCAAGAAGCAUGGCCAGCAACCCAACUAACUCGUCUUACAUGUUACGUUUUUAUAUUUGUCAAAUUUCUAUUAUUUCUGCAACGACUUGUGGGGCCUGGUGGAGGCAAAUACUCCCAUGCGCGCCUCAUACGGAUUUAAAUAUAUACGCAGGUGACGUGUGACCCCACCUUUACAUACUCAGUUUCGAUACAAGAUAACCUAAUAAUUAGAAAUCGCAGUUUCCACUGUAUUUAAAGUUAUGCACAGUGUCAAGAAUUUCAUCCAAAAGAAAGUUGCGCCGUUUGCUGCCAUUUUGCCAAAUGUGAAUUUUUUUUGGAAAAUUCAAAAUAAUUGGCAAUAUCAAGCGGCAAAUUGCGACAAUUGGCAAUUUUGUGCAAGUUGGUUCAGUCCAGUGAUUUGCCUGCUUUAAGCUUGCCUUCAAUUUUGCAUAUGCCAAAAGACAUAAGAAAAAGGAAGAAGACAUUAUCAUUUUGUAUGUGACCUUGUGGAUAUUCCACACAAAACCGUACGUGUAUGUGGACCUCACGUUUGCCGUUGUAUGUCUUUAAUACCCCCCCCCCCCCCCCCAUUCUACUAGCGGGGGGACCUCACUGCGACCCAAAAAUUGACAGAGCCGCCAACAAAUUUUCACAGAUAAAAUGAAAAACGAUUUUUUUUUGUACGUUAUUCAUACUCUAAUAUUUCGUGCGAAAUUCCAAUUUUAUGUGUGUCUGACUUGUUGUAGUAGUCAUGUCAUAUUCAGGCAAGGUUUACACAAUGCAGUCUACGUAGGUCGCAACGAGGUCGCAAAGAGGUCGCAACGAGGUCGUAUCUAGUUGAAAGGGGGCCGAAGUCAAUGAGGUUUUGUGGUCCAAGUAUGUAAACGUCAACCUGGCAAAUUUUUGCUGCACUUCUUUCAUGUUAACAAUGUAGUCACUUACUGUUGCAACUACCCGUGCGUGCCCCUAUUGUAUACUGAGUGUUGUAUAUGAUAUUACUUUAUUGUGAAAUGGGUCAGUGUACAUAUUGAUCAGUUUGGCGCACCGUAGUCUUGUCUGCGUGUAUAGAAAUAUUUGAGACAAUUUUUUUGUACAUAUACGUGCCAAUGUCCUGUAUAUAGAUAUAUACAUAUAUGUAUAGUGUAGACCGUCGCUUCUAUGUCUAUAUUUGUACGAAAAGUCAGAUGCGUUGAUGUGUCUAUUAGUAUUAGAUCGCGUUACCUCAGAAAGCGAUUGACGCUCAUGCUCAGUCAAGUGGUACUAUAUGAGAGCGUGUAAUUUAUUUUAACAAGCCAUUUUUGUGCUCGUCACACAUGGUGCACGCUCUGUUAAGAGGCGCAACAAUACCUCCUCGUGCGCUAGCACACCGGUAAUCAUCACAAUAAUUACCGCUAGUUUGGAGAGGCUUGCCUGAGCGUUUCUUAUGACAGUAAAGUGUCCAAAGUUUUGGA